AUGUGGAUGGCCUUCUGGGAAUAUCAUAAUACAUGGGAGCGCUAUCAUGGUCCAGUUGAAAGGCCCAGUUAUGCCAAUCUGUUGCUCCACACCAUGAGUUUGCCAGCUCUCAUUUCUGGCUUCAGUGAUGAAGAUGCAAUGCUACCAAUGAGCCAUGAGCACAUCCAACAACUUCACAGCAGACUCGUGGACAAAGAUGAUUGGAACUGGAAGAUGCCCAAAGUCCUCUUGAAUCGAAUAACGGAUUCAGAAAGCAGAUUGGUUGGAGCCAUGUUUGGUGCUACCAAGAACGGCUGGAAUGCAUUGAUAGAAAAGCAUCUAAAGAAUGAAUCCUUUGUUCUAGUGCACCAAAACAAGUCUGUCAGGGUUGUUUCGGCUGAUCAAUGGGGAGAAGACUUUGGCAUCGGACACAACAUUGGCCGCAUCGUUUGGGUUCUAAAUAAAAAACUCAACAAGCCACAGGCUGUUCAGAAAACUGUCAAGAUAAUUAGGACAAGGGCAAAAUCUCAGAAGGCUGCCCGCCGUCUCAUUGAUGAGUUGGUUGCGGAGCACCGGGAGGCGAUUGGCUUGGACAUACUGCGUAGGCUUGGCUUUUCCCUUGAUGGUGAUGGCUGGUUCAAGGAUCCAGAAAAAGGAUUGACGGCACUUCUGAAAGCUGCGGCUCAUCUUGCGAACAAGCAGAAAGACUACAAGACCCCUCGUCAUGGAUUCAACAGCCUUGUCGAAUGGUACAACAAAAUCCCCGUCAGUAACCAGUACCGACUUAAAACCUUUUCCUUCAUCCAAGAUCUUGUGAUGCCAGAGACCACAGCGGAAGCUCAGGUUCGCCAGAAUGAGGAGCAAGCAGCUGCGAGGAAGGCAGAGAGGACCAGGAAGAGAGCAGCAAAGGAGGCAGCAGCAAAGGCAAAACAGGUCGCACAGGCAGCGCAACCUGGAAAACGCAAGCGUGCUGAUCAUGACAACAUGUCUGAGUCAGAAGAAGAGGAGUUUGAUGUGACUGCAAUCAAUGACUCUGAUGGUGAAGAUGCCACAGCCAAUGCAGCAACCACAACCACCACGGUACGAGCCACUGUUGUCACUCCUGCAGCUGGGUCCAUGGCAAAGUCCGCAAUGGCCACAGCUCCAGCCGCAGCUCCAGCCGCAGCUCCAGCCGCAGCUCCAGCCGCAGCUCCAGCCGCAGCUCCAACUGCAGCUCCAGCCACCACUGCUACGGCAGCUCCAGCCACCACUGCCACCACUGCCAGAGUCACCCCGGGCAAACCACAACCAAAGACCCAUGUGGACUUUGCCAACAUCGACAUUGUUGAUCUCACUGCUGCAGAAGAGAAGAUUACUGCUUCUACCAAAAAGCAUGCAGAUGCCAUCUGCAAACGAUCUCCCUUUGCAGGACCCCUUCCCAAAACUCCGGGUUCUACAAGAUAUGCCAAACCUGCUGACGAUGCUUGGAUUGCUGCCCAUACAUACAAAUUUCAAUUGGCUCAGCAGCUUGCAACUGACUUGGCUGUGAAAUAUGGCAUCGAAGUAGGAGUCAAAAAGAUGAAAGUGAAUUUGAGGGGUGAGCGUGCCGAAGCAGCUGCCCGGAAGCUUGGGUUUCUCCCUAAACGGGCACCACGGGGGGCGGCCCCUAUGAAAGUUGAACAUAUCAACAACAGCGUCAGUGUGUGGCUGGAUGAGUUGCAGCAAUAUUCCUUUGUGCCAACCAUGGCUUUCUUAGAGUCGGUGCUAGGACCGAGUUGCAUGGGAGUAGAGCCGCUGGAACAGAACUGCAAAAAGGCACUAUCUGCUGUCAAACACCGUGGAUAUGACAGCGACGCCCAGAAGGUCCUUCAAUUGAUUAUCGAGGAAGUGACAGAACAGACAUAG